AUGGAAUCAAUUGACCCUGGCCACCAGCUCCGCUCAGUCAUUUUCCGCCCCAUCCAGUCGUGUCCUGGGCUGUACUGUACUGUAUUGCUCUCUCAUAGAAGUGCUGAUGAAGGUCCGCAACUCUCAACUGGCCGAAUGGCGAGCGAGUGCCCAACAAGCGCCAAGGGUCAUCAAUGA